AUGGAGAUCAUUCUUUUCCUCUUUGCUUUUCUCCUUUUUUGUUCACUGUUAGCCAAACUUCAAAAGAAAACCCAGCCUCUAAAACUGCCCCCAGGGCCAAGACAACUGCCUAUCAUAGGCAACAUUCCUCAGCUCUUUGGCUCCCUCCCUCAUCGAAUUCUCAGAGACUUGGCCAUGAAACAUGGACCUUUGAUGCACCUGCAGCUUGGUGAGCUGUCAACCAUUAUCAUCUCAUCAGCUGAGGUUGCAAAAGAGGUUAUGCACGAACAUGAUAUCAUUUUUGCUUCCAGACCCAAGCUCCUUGCAAUCAAUAUAAUUUCUUACAAUGCCACCAGCAUAGCCUUCUCCCCUUAUGGAGAUUACUGGAGACAAUUGCGUAAAAUUUGCACGGUGGAGCUUCUUAGUCAAAAACGUGUCCAAACAUUUCGAUCAAUAAGGGAAGAGGCCGUAUCAAAUAUGAUCAGAGCAAUUGCCUUACAAGAGGGAUCAGUUGUUAACCUUAGCAAGGAGGUUUCAUCACUGACAUAUAGCAUCAUUGCCCAGGCUGCUUUUGGUAAAAAAAGCAACUACCAAGAAGAGUUCAUAUCGACUGCGGUGGAUAUCGUACAACUUGUUUCAGGUUUCAAUUUGGCAGAAAUGUACCCUUCUGUCAAAAUACUUGAAAGAAUCAGUGGAAUGAGACAAAAGGUAGAGAGGACACACAGACGGCUUGAUGAAAUACUCGAAAACAUUCUCACAGAGCAUAGAGAAAAAAGAGCACAACCAGGAAAGGGAGAAGGAAAGGAGGAUCUUGUAGAUGUUCUCCUAAACGUUCAGAAAUCCGGAGAAUUUGGGGCUCCCCUAACUGACAGCAACCUCAAAGCUGUUAUCUUGGACAUUUUCAGUGCUGGAGGUGAGACAUCAUCAACAGCAGCACAGUGGACAAUGCUGGAGAUGAUAAAGAAUCCUGGAGUUAUGAGAAGAGCACAAGAAGAGAUAAGAGAAGUAUUUGGCGAAAGAGGAAAUGUUGAUGAAUCACGAAUUCAUGAACUGAAAUAUUUGCAAGCAGUUAUCAAAGAAGCCAUGAGAUUGCACCCUCCGCUUCCACUAUUACUGCCAAGGGAAUGUAGCAAACAAUGUGAAAUUCAUGGAUAUGAAAUCCCUGCCAAGGCUAGAGUGAUCAUUAACGCCUGGGCAAUUGGUCGAGAUCCCAAGCACUGGACUGAACCUGAGAAUUUCAUCCCAGAGCGAUUUCUUGAUUCUGAAAUCGAUUUCAGGGGUACAAAUUUUGGCUACAUACCAUUUGGUGCUGGAAGAAGGGUAUGUCCUGGCAUAUCAUUUGCUCUGCCUAAUGUUGAACUGAUGCUUGCACAACUGCUGUAUUGUUUUGAUUGGAAGCUCCCUGGUGAACUGAAACUGCAACCAUUAGACAUGUCUGAGCGCUUUGGCCUGGCAGUUAGGCCAAAACAUGAUGUGCAAUUGAUUCCUAUUUCUCAUAAUCCUUCUGGAAAGUACAACGGAAAAAGAACCGAUCCUUGAGAAUUGGAAAGAUCAAAUUUUGGAUGGUCUUGGCAUAGACAAGAAAUUAUCUAGUAGUGAGUAAGACUUGGAGAUA